AUGGCGGCGUCGACCGCGCCCGUCGCACAGAUGGCUCGCCUCGCCCUGGCGCUGGCCAUGGUGCUGCCCGGUGUAGCCGCCGACAAAGCUACGACAAAUGCAGAGGCAACGCUUCCGCCGUACUUCGGCGACUUCACCAUGGUGGUUGCCAUCAAUCCUUCCGAGGCGGGGCCAGUCCCCAACGAAUAUCCUGUCGUGCCGCUGACUCGGGAAGUCGGCCUGAAUGGGACUCAGACCACACUUGCUGCGAUCAAAACAACAGGCUCGUUGGUGAAUGUAGAUCAAAGCAAUUUCAAUCUCUUCAAUGACUCGGGCCAGAUCGCCUACGUGUCGUGCGACUCGGUGCCCGAGCAGUCUAAUAUAUCACCGAGCGACGUCCUGAACAGUUUGAUGGAGGGCCCCACGAAACCCGAGGCCAUUCUUCUCUAUACGACAAGCGCUGCAUAUUGUUCCUUGGAUGGGACCAACUUGGCAUACCAGUCCAUCUGGAGCAUGGUCAGCUCCGAGAGCGCCUGGGGGGCCAAGAAUUUGACGUCGGCUUCUGCAGGAACAGUCAGAGCCACCAUCGAGGGCAACGACACAGCCAACGGGUCUGAUUCGGGCGAUGGUAGUACCGGCGGUAACAAUUCCGCCGUCGCCAUGAGCAUACUGUACAGCAUCACAGGGCUGAUAACUCUUUUGUUCCUGGUCAUCAUUGCAACUGGCGCCGUACGGGCCCACCGGCACCCGGAACGAUACGGCCCUCGCGCUGGUUACGGAGGCCGCGCAAGACAAAGCAGAGCCAGGGGUCUUGCCCGUGCUGUUCUGGACACCAUACCUAUCGUCAAGUUCGGCGACCAGCAUCCAGUCAAGGGGGAUCCGGAUCAGGAAUUAGAAAGCAUACCAGGCGACCGCCACCAGGAUUCGCCCGUACCAAUGCAGACAAAGCCCAUGCAUGAGACUGUGGUCGGCGUAGCACUAACCCCAGGCUCAAAUGCUACUGAACAAGAGCGCACGACGCCAAAUGCCACAGGCUCCGUAGCGAACUCUGCCGCUGGCAAUGAGCCUGUCCACGACGAGCAUCUAGGCUGCACCAUUUGCACAGAAGAUUUUGAGGUUGGUGAGGAUAUGAGAGUUCUCCCUUGUGAUCACAAGUUCCAUCCGGCUUGUGUCGACCCUUGGUUGAUCAAUGUCUCGGGCACUUGUCCAUUGUGUCGCCUCGACCUGCGUCCACAAGGGGCGCACGAUGAUACCGCUCACACCGAGGAACCACCCAAUCAUGGUGACGGAGAAGGUGUUCAGGGGCAUGCCGAGGAUGCUGAGGCCGUGCAAGUGCGGCGCCGUUCCCGAUUGCUAGAUUGGAAUCGCUUACGACAUGCCUCCGUCGACGAGCGAAUUCAAGCUUUGAGGCAGAUUCGUGAGCAAGAGCAGUCGACCAGUCCUAGAAGCCCAACCUCCGACACCACUCAGCAUACAACACUCACCAAUAGACUUCGAGAGAAGUUCCACAUCCGUACAAGGACACAAGCCUAG